AUGCUUUCGACAAUCAAUAGAGGCACAGUUGUGCAGAUACUGCAAAGUAUCCAAAGCAGUAGUCGCCGGUGUCAGAUCCAUUCGACAGACUUGAUCCUGAAAACCUCAUUUUUCUUCUCGACAAUCUCCACCAACACCAACCUGCCCGAGAACGGCGGCAACGCCCAAUCAUCAAUCUCCAAUAAUAGUGAUGGAGGCGGCAAGACAAAGAAAAAAUACAAGAAUACAUCCUGGAAUAUCGUCCCACGCUAUAACGGACCUGCCGAGGAAGAGUGUACUCCGGAACAAAAAAAGAUUCGCGAUGCCAUUAUUGCCUCACGACCUCGCACGGGAUUGUCGGGACCCUUUGGACCAUGGUUGGCCGUCCCCGAUAUUGCACAACCGGCACAAGCACUCGGGCGGGCGUGUCGGUACGGGACAUCCUUGUCCUUUCGAGAAUCGGAACUGGUCAUUCUAUUGACGGGCGCCAAGACACGAUCCCAUUCCGAAUUUGAUAUUCAUGUGGGGGAAGCACUCAAGGCAGGCAUAUCCAUGGAGAUUGUGGAGGCCAUUCCCAGAGACGAAGAAUUCAGUUUGGACAAAGUCAAAAAAGAUGUCAUGCCUCUAUUAGACAAUGAGCGAGAAAAGGCCAUUGCACUAUACACCAGUGAAUUGGUCGAUACCUACACCGUCUGCGAUAAAACCUACAAAUACGCCAAGGCAACUUUGGGGGGUAAGGAUUCCGUGUUGGUGGAGAUCACCAGUAUUGCGGGAUAUUACACAUACGUGGCAUACACCUUGAAUGCUUUCCGUGUCCCCACAAAGAAACCAGAGGAAGAGGGCUCCAAGUAA